AUGAAAUGUAAAAGGAGAGUACUUUCAAAUUUGACAAGAAAAAAGAAAGUUGAAAAUUUGUGUGGUCAGAAAAAAAAAAGAUCUAAAUUGUUAUCAGUCGGAUUGUUUAAAAUAUUUAGUAAGCCCAUUUUUCGUCUCCUUCUAAUAAUAUACAUAUUAUUAUUACAUCUUGUUGAUGUAGUUAAAAGUUUUAAGCUUUCGAAUGAGCAAAAUAAGUUUAAUUGCAAUAAUUUUUUAUAUUACGAAAACAAGUCAAAUGAUAAUUAUGGGAGAAAAAAUUUUUUAAAUUAUAAAAGUAGACCUGUUUUAAAAAAAGAUAUAAUAAUUAACAGUAAUAAAAUAUUUAAAUUAAAAAGCGAAAAAGUAGACAAGAUAAUUGAUAGUUUGAAAGAGUUAACUUUGUUAGAAGCAAGUGAACUAGUUAAAAAAAUUGAAUUAACAUUUUCUGUUGAUGCAAGGCAAAAUCUAGAUAGUUCUAAGGGUACACAAGAAAAUAAAACAAAUGAAUCUGAAACUAAUGCAAAAGAAGAAGAAGAAGAUGAUGAGAAUAAAGUCUACGAUUUAAUUUUAGAAAAUAUUGAACCUAAUAAAAAAAUACCCAUAAUUAAAAUUGUUAAAGAAAUAAAAAAAGACUUGAAUUUAAAACAAGCCAAGGACAUAGUGGACAACUUACCUCAAACACUUUUUGAAAAAAUUAACAAGGAAACUGCAGAUAAGUGGAAAACAAAAUUGACCGAUGCAGGGGGGGUUGUUAAGUUGAAGUAA